CUGCGUGACAUUCACCUCUCUCAUAGCUCUGGUGCUUUGUUGAUGAAUAUGCUGCCGGCCACUGCUCAUUCAAAUAACUAGUCGCAGGGCUCUCUCAUCUCUCCCGGCGAGUUGCUACACUCUCUCACCAACGGCGCCUACCUUCACCUUCACCUUCACCUUCACCUUCACCUUCACCUUCGCCUCUCUAUAUGACGCACUCCGAUGGCAUGCGAUAGCAAACAUCCGCCUUUCCGCUCGAGAUGGAAGCCUUCCACUUUGCUACCUCCUCCGACCUGAACGAGCUCACGGUCCAUGUCCGAAUAGAUCGCCUUGAUGGACACCAGAAGCCUGUGCCCUAUUCGGAGCUGUUGAAGAGACCUGAUCUUAGGCACCGAGCCUCGAAUAUCAGCCCGCACUCCGAGCUCUAUGUGACGGCUCAGAUAUGGGCCGACAGCAAGCCCCUCACCGUGCCCGUCCAGACCGCCUACAAGUCCUUCAAGAACGCGCGCAUAUGGAAUGAAUGGCUGUCUCUUCCCGUCACCUACGCGAACCUCCCAGCCUCCGCCCAGCUCUCCAUAACCGUGUGGGACUUGUCGCCGGCCGAGGAUAAAGAUUCCAACCUACAUGCGAUACCCUUUGGAGGCACCACGAUACCUCUAUUCGACAAAGACAACACACUGCAGAAGGGAAGGCAGCGGUGUCGGCUGCACCGCUUCAAGGCAGCGGAUGGCCUAUCCAAUACCACGACGCCGUGGGUAAUACCACCGGCGCGGAAAAGCAGGAAGGAUGCCGUGCAAGAGGAUACAGUGAAUGAGCAGAUAGCAGAGAUGCAGAGGCUAGAGGAGCUCCUGAAGAAACAGGAAAUGGGCGACAUACCCCAGAACCAGUGGCUGGAUGCCCUGGUGUUCAAGAAGAUGAUGAAGAUCCGCAACGAGGCUCUCAAGGCAGAAGCUACCGCUUUGAACCGUCGUAACAGGGUCCAGUCCAACGGCACGAAUGGCGAGACUGCCCAUAACUCAGACGAGGAGCUAUUCUACCUCGACAUCGAGCUACCCCGCUUUGAUCACUCCAUAGUGUUUACGGACGUGGAGUAUCCUCCGCCUCCGGUAUCAGACAUCAAGCUUCCCACAGAAUCCGAUAUACGGUUACGGCCACCACCAGAGGUAUCCUUUGGCCCUGGAAUUGGAAACGGAUACGGAGACGCGGAUGCAGGUCGCCUCAUCCGCAUUUACGACCCAGAAAUCGGCAGAAGGGUCAAUCCAGCAGAAGACAAGCACCGCGAGUUGAUGCGCAGCCAGCAGACCGACUCGCUAGACCGCGAUAGAAAACCGAACGUGCACGUCAGGGAUAAGCUGAACUUGCUUAUGGCCAAAGGCCCACUCGAGGAGAUAACGUCGCACGAGCGCGACGAAAUCUGGAAGUUCCGAUACUACCUCCUCAGGGACAAGCGUGCGCUUACCAAGUUCGUCAAAUGCGUGAAUUGGAAGAAUGAGCGAGAAGCACGGCAAGCAGCGCCUCUCCUUGAGAAGUGGGCCGAAGUUGAUGUCGACGACGCGCUCGAGCUCCUAGGCCCGCAAUUUGACCACCCCGUCGUACGCAGCUAUGCCGUCGAGCGCCUUAAGAAGGCCGACGAUGAAGAACUCCAACUAUAUCUUCUGCAGCUCGUACAAGCCCUGAAAUACGAAGCCGAUGGCGAAGGCGACGACUCCUCGCUCGCACGCUUUCUGGUCACGCGGGCGGCCAACAGCUUCACCUUGGGCAACUUCCUCCACUGGUACCUAAUGGUCGAGAUCAGCGACCUUAGCAGUGACCAAGCGCCUGAGCAUCGCGCUCUCUUCUCAAAGGUCGAAUACGACUUCAUGGUCGAGCUGGAAAAGACUCAUCAAGGAGAAGAGACACGGAAAAUGUUCAAGCGCCAGGGCGAGCUACUCACCGUGCUCGCCAGAAUAUCGAAAGAGGUCCGUUUUGGCGGCGGCGAUCGACCAGCCAAGAUCGCUCGUCUGAAGAAAGCGCUUGGAGAUCCGCGAAACGACCUCGUCAGCUUCGACCCCUUACCCUUGCCACUCGACCCAGCCAUUAUGGUCAAUGGUGUCUAUCCCGACGACUGCACGGUUCUGAAAUCCUCUCUCCUCCCCAUGGUCCUGAACUUCAAGACCACGUUUAACACGAAGUACCCCAUCAUCUUCAAAACGGGCGACGACCUCCGCCAGGACCAGCUCGUCAUCCAAAUCAUCACGCUCAUGGACCAGCUACUGAAGAAAGAAAACCUCGACCUCAAACUUACACCCUACCGCAUCCUCGCUACCUCCACCUCGGCAGGCGCCUUCCAAUUCAUCCCAUCCAUGUCCCUCGCUGCUGCAGUGCAGAAACACAAAGGCAGUCUCCUCGCCUAUCUUCGCGCCAAUAACCCAGACGACACGGCACCCUUGGGCGUCAGGAAAGAAGCAAUGGACACGUACAUCAAGUCCUGCGCCGGCUACUGUGUAAUAACCUACCUCCUCGGCGUCGGUGACCGGCAUCUCGACAACCUCCUCAUCUCACCUUCCGGCGCCUUCUUCCACGUCGACUUCGGCUACAUCCUCGGCAGGGAUCCGAAACCCUACGCCCCGCAGAUGAAACUCUGCCGCGAGAUGAUCGAAGGCAUGGGCGGCGCCGACCACCCUAACUAUCUCUCCUUCAAGCAAUACUCAUUCACCGCCUGGAGCACGCUCAGGAAGAGCGCGAAUCUGUUGCUGAAUCUGUUUGCUCUUAUGAAGGAGGCGAAUAUACCGGAUAUUAAAGUCGAGAGGGAGGGUUCAGUGAGGAAGGUUGAGCAGAGGAUGUGGCUGGGCAAGGGCGAAGCAGAGGCGGGGAGGGAGUUUGAGAAGCUGAUUGAGGAGAGUAUGGGGGAUCGGCUGGCAGGCGUGAUUGACUGGGCCCAUGAUUUUAUGCAGUACUGGAAGAAGUAGGGGAGAUAGAGCUAGUCGUGUCAUACAUUGCGCCAGCAUCCUUGAUUAGUACUGUAGCCACGCAGACUCGUGUCGUGCAUGGAAGUUACGCUCUAUGGUGCAGGGCAUCCGGCGGGUUGGUGACUCAAGGAGGAGAUGGCUUCCGAAAAUGCUGAAAAGUAGAGAACCACAAAGUCUUAAGAUGUGUAGGGAGAGCAAGUCAACAGAAAUGAAAGGUAUCGUAAAUAUGUUAGGAGCUG